AUGAUCUAUCGUGGUCAACAACUUGAGAGGUCUCAUCCGUUGACCAAACUGACUGCCUUCAUAGACCAUCAAGGUGUUCUCCGAGUGGGCGGGAGAUUGAAGUUCUCUAACCUGCACCCAGAGAGUAAACAAAAAGCGAUCGUCCCUACAGAUUCCGAGCUGGUUGAACUUCUCAUUAGGGACUCUCAUCAGCGAACGUUGCAUGGUGGAACUCAACUCACGUUGACGCAUCUCAGGAGGUUUUACUGGAUUAUUGACGGAAGAGCGCCAGUAAGAUCCUUCAUUCUCAAGUGCGUGGAAUGUGUCUGCCAACGUAGAGUACGUGCUCAGCAACUGAUGGGGCAGUUUCCACCGGCACGUCUGUCUCCAGGACGUGCCUUCUCUAACACUGGUGUAGAUUACGAUGGACCAGUGUCCAUCAAGACGUGGAAGGGGCGUGGUCAUAAAACCCAAAAGGGUUGGUUAGUGAUCUUCGUUUGCAUGGCCACGUCAGCACUUCAUCUGGAAGCUGCCACCGAUUACUCUGCUGAUGGGUUCAUCGCUGCCUAUCGGAGAUUCGUGAGUCGUCGAGGUCGUUGCAGGAACCUCUUCAGUGAUUGUGGAAUGAAUUUCGUUGGUGCAGACAAGGAGCUGAAGAGGUUGUUCUCCAUUGGAUCAAAGGAGUUCCAGCAUCUCACAGCAGUUUGCCUGGAAGAGGGCACUUGGUGGUCUUUCAAUCCACCUGGGGCCCCUCAUUUUGGAGGAAAAUGGGAAGCAGCAGUAAAAUCAGUGAAGUAUCAUCUCUCUCGAACGAUUCGGGAUACUACACUGACGUUCGAGGAACUCUCUACGCUGCCUACACAGAUUGAAGCUAUGCUCAACUCCAGACCUCUACAGGCUCUCUCUGAAGACCCCGACGACGUGUUGUGUCUCACUCCUAGGCAUUUUUUGAUUGGAGAAGCUCCAAUAGCGCUACCGGAACCUUCACUGGAUCAUCUCAACAUUGGACGGCUCUCUAGAUGGCAACUUAUACAGCAGAGGCUGCAGUACUUCUGGAACCAGUGGUGUACAGGAUAUCUGCAGCAGCUGCAGUCCAUCUCCAAGUGGCAUCGUCCGUCCAACGGUAUUCGCAUCGGAUCUCUGGUUCUUCUCUCCGAUGAAAGGUUUCCGCCGUCGAAGUGGCCCCUCGCACGUGUCACAGCUCUACACCCUGGGAAGGAUUGCCUCUCCAGAGUUGUGACCAUCAAGACGACUAACGCCAUCACCAUGGAAAGGCAACAGGCACCACCACCACCAUCCCCACCACCUCAACAAGAACAGCCCCAGCAACGACAGCCCCAACAAGGACAGGCCCAGCAGCAACAUCAUCAAAAGGAGAACGGUCUUCCUCGACUUCUCAUUGCAAAUAUGCAAGAGAGUCUCAAUUUAUUGCAGAGGUUCUAUGGCCAACAGCCUCGUGGAGAGGGUUAA